GGCAAGGGCGGCGCCAAGCGCCACCGGAAGGUGCUGCGCGACAACAUCCAGGGCAUCACCAAGCCGGCCAUCCGCCGCCUGGCUCGCCGUGGAGGCGUGAAGCGCAUCUCGGGGCUCAUCUACGAGGAGACCCGCGGCGUGCUCAAGAUCUUCCUCGAGAACGUCAUCCGCGACGCCGUCACCUACACCGAGCACGCCCGCCGCAAGACCGUCACCGCAAUGGACGUCGUCUACGCCCUCAAGCGCCAGGGACGCACCCUCUACGGCUUCGGCGGCUAGGCUCUUCCUCGCCCCCCUGCAGAUCCCAAAAGCUUGGUAGAACAGCGACUUGUGUAGUUCUCUAUUUGCCCUGUAGUUCGAACUGAGUCGUGGAACAAAGUUAUUCGCACGUGUUGCUGGAAAUGGAACUUGUCCCAGUGAAA